CCUCCGCGCGGCGCCGCGUCCUUCGACCCCCGGCCGCGCGCCGCGGGCCGCUGGAGGCGGCAUGCGGGACUACGACGAGGUGACCACCUUCCUGGGCGAGUGGGGGCCCUUCCAGCGCCUCAUCUUCUUCCUGCUCAGCGCCAGCAUCAUCCCCAACGGCUUCAAUGGAAUGUCAGCCGUGUUCCUGGCCGCCACCCCCGAGCACCGCUGCCGGGUGCCCGACGCCGCGAACCUGAGCCGCGCGUGGCGCAACCACAGUAUCCCGCUGCGGCUGCAGGACGGCCGCGAGGUGCCGCACAGCUGCCGGCGCUACCGGCUCGCGGCGAUCGCCAACUUCUCGGCGCUCGGGCUGGAGCCGGGGCGCGAUGUGGACCUGGAGCAGCUGGAGCAGGAGAGCUGCCUGGAUGGCUGGGAGUUCAGCCAGGACGUCUACCAGUCCACCAUCGUGACCGAGUGGAACCUGGUGUGUGAGGACGACUGGAAGGCCCCACUCACGGUCUCCUUGUUUUUCGUGGGUGUGCUGGUGAGCUCCUUCAUUUCGGGGCAGCUCUCAGACAGGUUUGGCCGGAAGAAUGUGCUCUUUGUGACCAUGGGCAUGCAGACGGGCUUCAGCUUCCUGCAGAUUUUCUCAAAGAACUUUGAGAUGUUUACUGUGCUUUUUGUCCUUGUGGGCAUGGGCCAGAUCUCCAACUAUGUGGCAGCAUUUGUCCUGGGUAUGGCCCUCCAGUCGGAGAACAGAAAUUCUUGGCAAAUCGGUUCGUAUUAUAUUCUCUACGUUAGGAGUGUGCAUAUUUUAUGCAUUUGGCUACAUGAUGCUGCCACUAUUUGCCUACUUCAUCAGAGACUGGCGGAUGCUGCUGCUGGCACUGACGCUACCAGGGGUGCUGUGUGCAGCUCUCUGGUGGUGAGUUUCGCCUGUGCCCCCGGGGUGCCUACCGGCAGAUGUCUUCUGUUCAGCCUUCACCAGGGGGCAGCAACAAGCCACAAAUCCCUGUUUGGGCUCCUGGAGACAGGAAGUAUAAAUUAUUUGUUCAUCCCGGAGUCCCCCCGGUGGCUCAUCUCCCAGGGGCGAUUGAAAGAGGCAGAGGUGAUUAUCCGCAAGGCUGCCAAAAUGAACGGGAUUGUUGCACCCUCAACUAUCUUCGACUCAAGUGAGCUGGAAGACCUGAGUUCUGAGAAGCAGCAGUCCCAUAGCAUCCUGGAUCUGCUUCGAACCCGGAAUAUCCGCAUAGUCACCGUCAUGUGCAUAAUUCUGUGGAUGACCAUAUCAGUAGGCUAUUUCGGGCUCUCCCUUGACACUCCUAACUUGCAUGGGGACGUCUAUGUGAACUGCUUCCUUUCGGCAGUGGUUGAAGUCCCUGCGUACGUGCUGGCCUGGCUGCUGCUGCAGCACAUGCCCCGGCGCUAUUCCAUGGCCACAGCCCUCUUCCUGGGCGGCAGUAUACUUCUCUUCGUGCAGCUGGUGCCCCCAGAUUUGUAUUACUUGGCCACUGUCCUGGUGAUGGUGGGCAAGUUUGGAGUUACUGCUGCCUUCUCCAUGGUUUACGUGUACACAGCCGAGCUGUACCCUACCGUGGUCAGAAACAUGGGCGUGGGUGUCAGCUCCACAGCAUCCCGCCUGGGCAGCAUUCUGUCUCCCUACUUUGUCUACCUCGGUGCCUAUGACCGCUUCCUGCCCUACAUUCUCAUGGGGAGUCUGACCAUCCUGACAGCCAUUCUGACCUUGUUCCUCCCAGAGACCUUUGGCACCCCCCUCCCGGACACCAUUGACCAGAUGCUAAGGGUCAAGGGAAUAAAAUACAGGCAAACUCCAGGCCACACAAGGAUGUUAAAAGACAGUGAAGACAGCUCCAUAGUCCUUAAAAGCACAGCCUUAUAACACGACCUCCAGAGCGUGAGAAGGUGAGGAGGGAAGACUGUGUCUCAUAAGAAAUAUCUUGUGUAGACACUGGGUCCCUGAGUGGUGGAGGGCUUUGCCAUUCAUCCUGUUGACCUCGUGUUUGACUUGCUCAUGGCUAGAUACCCAGCCUCAGAGGCUGUAUGUGGCCUUGGCAUGCUACCUUCCCUCCAGACCGACAACUUUAGCUACGUCCUAACUUACAGACCUGGCAGAUGGUGGAUUGGCACUCCCUAAGAAGUGAACGCUUCACCAGAACCAGUGGGACCUCGAAGAAAUAGGAGAGGCACCUACUAAAUUUACCUUUUAAUUUCAGACCUCCUGAAAAGAGUGGAGGCCUAAUCUCCCCUCCUGACCUUCUCCUGGAACUGCAUCCCUUCCCUGCCCUCCCCAUUUCCCUCUGAUGGUGCACUUAGACAAAAAGAAAGAAUUGCACAAGGAGUUUGAUUUCUCACACUUUCUUGGUCUCAAGGGAUAGUAACGGGGAUCCUUUUUCCUCAGGCAGGAGAGCACGGAUCUGGGGAAAGCUAUGGGUGGUAAAUAUGAAGGGAAUUGAGCAGAUAGAGACCAUGGGCAGGUGCACUGAUUUGUGAGCUCUCAUACCCCUCGGUGCGACUCCUGAGUAGACUUGUUUACAUCUGAUCCAAGCUCUGGGCUUGUCUGGGCAUAUAUGAGAUGCAUCACAGAAUCUACUCUUCUUGUUUUCCACUACUGUGUAAGUCAAAUCUCCUAGCUCCUGUGGUUUCUGACGUAUGGUUCGAAGGAAGUCUGUCAGUGAGAGAGACAAGCAAACUCAUCUCUUCUCUCAAACUAUGAUGUAGAAUUUAUCUUUUGUGUUUUGUUUGUUUGUUGUUUGUUGUGAUGUCUUUUUCUUCUUAAGUUAUUUGACCUUCAGAAUAGACUUAGGAAAGGCUGGUUCCUCAGCCUCCUGGUUGGUGUCUUUUUGUUUUUGGUUUUUUUUUCAACCCAGAAUUACUCUGGCAAAGGUCUGCAGUUGCCAUUCGUGCAUGGCCUUAUCAGCCUCAGCCACUAGCACUUCUCUGAGUGCCAAAAAUGACGUCAUUGUAUGUGUUCCUUUUGUGAUACCUAAUCAUGGGAAAGAAAUUACAAAGAAGAAAGUCAGAUUGUGUUCACAGUCGUUCAGGGUUCCUCACUUCAGUCGCGUAAUAUUGGGAGAUAUUUUGUGUUCUGUGUAACUAUCUUUUAUGAUUAUGUUACCAUGGUACUCCUAAAGUAUAUGCUUUACCUGGAUAAAAACCAUAUUUUUGUGAAAACUACUGAAGUGCCUUGGGAAAUGAAGACGUUUUAAUAAAUAAAAUGAUUUUUUAAAUAAUA